GCAAAGCAAAUAAAAAAAAAAAGAAGAAGCAAGGCAUCUGAUGUUCUUACACAUUGGCGUUGCUUUACCCUCACAUCAUUUUUUACUGUGCAAAUUCAUUUCUGCAGCUAGUUUGGGUGGGAUCUUCUUACUCCGCAUUAAUCAAUGCUCAUUUUUCUGCCAGGCCAAUUUGAGUUCUUCAUAUAUUAUAUAUAUAUUGUACGUAUAGUAGCUAGGUGUUUAGUCGAUCGGCUGCAAGCGAGAAUCAGCAUAUAAAUAUAUAUAAUCAUGAUGAUGAAGGUAGUAGUAGAGAUGAGGCGGGAGGAGGUGUGGUCGCCGGGCGGAAAGAGUGGGUGGCAGCCGGUGAUGACGGGAGGGGACACAACCGUCUCAACUUACUGGCUGAACUGGAGGGUGUUGCUAUGCUGCCUUUGGAUUUUAAUGUCAAUCGUUUUUGCAAUUGUUCUGAUAACAAAGUACGAAGGCAGCAGAAAAGGUGGUAGCACUAGUAGUGGAAACAGAUCAUCAUCAGUAUCAUCAGAAAGAAGAAGAAGAGAUGAUGAUGAUUUGUGUGGGCAGCAGCAGGGGCAGGGGCAGGGGCCGGGAGUGUUAUAUGAAGAUGAAGUUUGGAAGACAAGCCUGAAGAAUGUGCACCCUGCAUGGCUCCUUGCCUUUAGAAUCUUUGCCUUCGUCCUUCUCCUCGUGAUGUUAAUCCUAUAUGCCGCCGCGGAUGGCUCCUCCAUUUUCUACUUCUAUACCCAGUGGACAUCAACAUUACUUGUUAUCUACUUCGGGUUGGGAUCACUGCUCUCCAUGUACGGCUGUUACCAAUACCAUAACAGAGUCAUCAGCACCGAAACUCAUCAUCAUCAUCAUCACCACCAGAUGAUGAUGAUGAUUAAUAAUGAUGGUGCAGGAUUUUAUGGCAGCAGCCCAAUUUCAAAACAUGUCCCUCCUCCAUUAUCACACCACCUCGAACCAGCAGCAGCAAACACAAAAGUUGCACAUUUCUGGGGAUACAUUUUUCAAAUCAUUUUCCAGAUGAAUGCAGGGGCUGUAACUCUCACAGAUUGUGUCUUUUGGUUUGUUCUCGUACCUUAUUUGACCAUCAAAGGCUACAAUCUGAAUUUUUUGAUCAUAGGCAUGCACUCCAUCAAUGUUGUUUUCCUGCUUGUUGACACCGUGUUGAAUUGUUUGCGGUUCCCUUGGUUUCGGAUUGGGUAUUUCUUUCUGUGGACAGCUGUUUAUGUCAUUUUCCAGUGGGCUCUCCAUGCCUGCAUCUCCAUUUGGUGGCCUUACCCAUUCCUUGAUUUGUCAUCUCCAUUUGCUCCUUUAUGGUAUUCAUCGGUGGCCCUUAUGCACAUACCAUGCUAUGGCAUAUUUGUCCUGGUAGUCAAGCUCAAACACCACUUGCUAUCCAAAUGGUUUCCUCACUCUUUUCAGUGCUCCACAUGACGAUGACAAAUAGCCAAUUCAAUUCUAGCUAUCUAGCUAGGAUAUAUACAUGGGGAGGCCAGCAGGCUAGGAGGAAAAACACACAUACACAAGUUUGACAGGAAAAAAAAAAGUGCUAGUUAUUAA